GAGUGAGAGAGAGAAAGAGGGAGAGAGAGAGGCAGAGGGAGAGCUGAGGAAAGAAAAAAAGGCAAGACUUGGCACAGCUCAGUCAAAUCAGCUUCUUUUGUCUGCUUUCUCGGCUUGAGCUUCAGGAAAGAAAACCGUCCUGGGGUACAGAAAAACUCAGAACUUUUUGGUUUUCAAACUUAGAAGGCUUUUUAAGUCUCUUGGGCUAUUUGAAAGUGUUGGUACAUACAAUGACGUUUAGUCACCAGUAUUAAGGGAAAUAAAAGCCUUUUUCAAAACGAAGCUUCCACAGUGUCCAUGCAUUUGGGAAAUACCAUAUUUGAUUUUUUGCAUGUAUGAUUAUACCAUGAGAGACAGGAUUAAUAUAGAAGAUGGCAAGGCAAAUUUCUAAUAGAGGGAAUAUUAAUUUUCUACAAAAUAAAGUUUGUUCAUCAACACAAACCUGCUUUCAAAUCAAAUCAGAAAGACAUCCUUCGGAAUGUGUUCAGAACCAAUUAGUGACAACACUGAAGACCAGAAAGGCAAGCUGAAGACACCAGACUUCGCUUGAAGGGCAAACAAGAAAUCCAAACAUCAUGUCAAUGGCAACAGAACAGUCGAACCUUUCCCAGAGGGAACACAGAUGGCUGUAUUUGGAAUGGGCUGUUUCUGGGGAGCUGAAAGGAAAUUCUGGGUCUUGAAAGGAGUAUAUUCAACUCAAGUUGGUUUUGCAGGAGGCUAUACUUCAAAUCCUACUUACAAAGAAGUCUGCUCAGAAAAAACUGGCCAUGCAGAAGUCGUCCGAGUGGUGUACCAGCCAGAACACAUCAGUUUUGAGGAACUGCUCAAGGUCUUCUGGGAGAAUCACGACCCGACCCAAGGUAUGCGCCAGGGGAACGACCAUGGCACUCAGUACCGCUCGGCCAUCUACCCGACUUCCACCAAGCAAAUGGAGGCGGCCCUGAGCUCCAAAGAGGACUACCAAAAGGUUCUUUCAGAGCACGGCUUUGGCCCCGUCACUACCGACAUCCGGGAAGGACAGACUUUCUACUAUGCGGAAGACUGCCACCAGCAGUACCUCAGCAAGAACCCCAACGGCUACUGUGGCCUUGGGGGCACCGGCGUGUCCUGCCCAAUGGGUAUUAAAAAAUAAUUUCUCCCCACAUGGUGGCCUUUGCGGUUCUAGUAAAAAUGCGUUCAACAAAUUGGGCAGUGUUUGUGUGAUUCACAAUCACGGCAUUUGAAGUGCACAAAGUACAAAGGAAUUUAUAAAGAUCUAGUUUUCUGAAGUAUAAUCUACAGGAGGCACAAUGGCAAGUGGAUAAAAUGUGAUUUAUCUCCUAAUCAGUUACGGUGGGAGCAGAGCUGUGCAGUUUCCUGCGUCAUCUGGGGUCUGAGUGAAGACAGCGGGGAUGCUGUGUUCACCCUUCUUGGUAGAAGCUAAGGCAUGAGCUGGGAGGUUGCUGGACAGGGCGGGGGAACCCAGAAGUCCUUUAUCUGUGCUCUCUGCCCACCAGUGCCUUACAGGUUGCAAACGUGUAUAGCCUCAAUGACUCAUUUACUGAAAUCCUUCGCUUUACCAAAUCUAGACAUGCAUAGGGGCUUUUUCUUCCUUUUCAGCCCUCUCUGUGCAGAGAAAAGAUGUGAGUCUGCUUGAUGAAUUCUAAUGCUUUGCUUAGAGCUAUGAGAAAUGUUUGUUUUAGUAAAAACCUGCAGUCCAAUAAUGC